CAUUGCUGGUGCUGCUGAAUCUUCCAUAGAUCGUAUGCGUCGGAGUCAAACUUCCGGGUUUGUGUACCCCUCAGCCUCGUUCGAGUUUCAAAAUGGCCGCCAGGUGAAUAAGGCGAAUGGCCUCAGGCUCGUCAGAAGAGUGCACGGCUGGAAGUUUGGUACCAAAGAGGGGCGGCACGACAGUUGUGUGGAAUUAUUUUGGCUUUAAAAAGGAAGAUGCUGCGCAACGUCAGAUGAGCUUCACUGUGGUUGAGUUCACUGACAAUGAAAUUGAGGUUGCGCCAUCUUCAUGGCUCGAAAACACUUCUGAGGAAUGCGGUUUUGUAUUGACGGGGGCUUCCUCUGCUACUGGACACCACUUAACGUGCGAAAGCAUGUAAUUAACUGCAGCGAGCCAAACAGAAGCUGGGCUAAACAUCCAGUCAAGAAAGUAUGGUACACAACAAAUUCCUACACCAAAGCAGACCGGAAAUGUCUGCGACUGAUGGACUCUUCAAGUGUUGAGACAGAAGAUGACGCUACUGUUCAUCAAUCAAGGCCGCGUAGACGCCCAAGGAGAUUCAAUUCAGACUCCUCUAGUGAUGAUGAUUCCAUUCCAACGGCAAGAAAGCAGUCCAGGACUGUGGGUAUGUCUGGAAGCCCUGUGGGUCAGCAGAUUUCUCUGCUCACACCACCGUCAUAUGGGUCAAAACCACUGACACAUGUAGCCAGUCACUCGUCCAGACAUUCUACGGCGAGUGGCAACCAACGAUGUCCUGGCCCAGUACAGCCUGAGGGGGAGAAGGGCCAAAAAGUCCUUCCAAGACUUAGCGCUAUGCAAGAUAAUAAGAGCGGCCUGUGUGAAGAACUUCCCUGGCCAGACCGAAGCCGAGGCCGAGGAGUGCAUUGGGCACGUGCUCAAGUUUGCUCCACACAGACGGCAAGCUGGUCAGCAAGACUGAAGAUGCCAGACCAGCAGUCAAGAAGUUCUGCACCUUUUUUUUUAGAUAUUACUUUUAUUGUUUUUUAUAUUUAUUUUAAUUGUAUUAUUGGCUUAUAUUGGAUGAGGAGGGGGGGUUAG